AGAUUGCUUCGGGGAAAGAAAGUACCUAUGCGGAAAUGAAAGAACAAAGUAUUAAAUGUGCCCUUUGGUUAAGAAAGAAUGGCAUCCAAAAAGGCGACAGGAUUGGCAUAUGGACUGAAAAUCAUAUAAAUACUUAUAUACCGGUAUACGCAAGUCUGUAUGUCGCCGCAAUAAUAUGCCCAUGGGAUGACAAAGUAUCGAAGAUAUCCGCACAAUACUGCCUGUCGUUAACAUCUCCAAAAGUGGUUUUCGUUAAUGCGGAAUCCGCCGAGAAUCUGGUGGAAGCCGCAAAGGAAGAAAAUCUGGAAGUUAAAGUUAUAGUUAUCGGUAGCCUGCCAGGAUUCGUGUCCCUAACGGACAUUCUUCAGGAUAAAGUCACCCCUUCGGAGAUCGAUGAGUUCCGUUGCACCAAUGUUGAUAAUCCUUAUGACACAGCGAUGAUCUGCGGCUCUUCCGGUACAACGGGUAUGCCGAAAGGAACUGAGCUGUCUUAUGUGUCCCUCUAUAAUAGCAUCACCCCUAUCGAAGAGGUUCAUAUGAUCAAUGAGGUAACAUUAACGUUGCCUACGAUACGAUGGCACUAUGGAUUAACUGUGAUGUUUGAAUUGGUCCUGUCGAAUGCGAAAUGGAUCAUUUUGCCCGAACAUCUAACCAAGGACGAAGCUAAAAUAUGCGAUGCUAUCGAGAAAUACGGAAUAACAUGGUUUGGAUGCGAUAUUUCCUUUCCGCACCGUUUAGUCAAAUAUAAUAUUUUACAAGAACAUCCUGUGACGUGUCUAAAGAAGCUUGUCAUUACUGGUGGGCCAUUUACAAAAAACAUGCAAGAAGCUGUUGCGAAAAUACUGCCACAUACACAAAUAUUAAAUUGUUACGGUUUAACAGAUGCUGGUGGAUUGUGUGCGAGUCAAACCAUAACUAGCAAGCCAGGUUCUUGUGGCUUUGUGACCAAAGGAAUACGGAUAAAGAUGGUAGACGAAAAAACUGGCGAAGCUUUAGGACCUAACAAGAGGGGUGAACUUUGUAUAAAAUCGGAAUUUAUAAUAAAAUCUUAUUACAAAAAUCCAGAAGAAACUAAAGCCGCCAUCGACUCAGACGGCUGGCUACAUACCAAAGAUAUAGGAUAUUAUGAUGAGGAAGGCGAGAUUUACUUCAUUAGUAGGAUUUCGGAUUUUAUUAACUACAGAAGUAUUAAGUUGUCACCCGCAGAAGUAGAGGGUGUACUUGAAAUUCAUCCUUCAGUUCUUCAUGCUGUGGUAGUUCCAAUACCACAUGAAAUGGAUGUCGAAUAUCCGAUGGCAUUUAUUCAAAAAGUAAUCGGAAAAGAGAUAACAGAGAAAGAGUUGCAUGAUCUAGUAGACAAGAAUUUACCGUGGUACUGCAAACUUAUAGGAGGAAUCAAAUUUAUGGACAAACUUCCGCGUCUCACUACUGGAAAGAUUGAUAGAAAACAAUUAAAACUAUUAGCAAAAAGUUACGCCACUGUUAAUUCCGCUUUGAUUCAUGUGCAGUCUAUUAAUGUGAUCCAAUUACUACUAGAUAAACGAAAAAUAAAAGUUAUUAGAAGAUUUAUAAAGAUGUCUGAACAAAUGACAGCAGCUAAUAACAGGAAGGUACCUCAUUAUCACGAUGUUAUUCGUGAAUUCAGAAUUGAAGACAAUAUUCUAAUAGGAAAAGAAAUACCGAUUAAUAGAGAUCCUAUUAACAUAUCCGAGGUAUUACUUACGACAUUGAAGAGCAAGCCAGACUGCAUUGGUCAGAUAGAUGCAAUUACGGGAAAGCAGCACACUUACGCCGACAUGAGUGAGCGCAGUAUUAAAUGUGCCCUUUGGCUAAAGAAGCAGGGUAUUAAAUCCGGUGAUAUAAUCGGUCUUUGCUGCGAUAACGACAUGGAUGGGAUCAUAGCACUGUUAGGAACCAUGUAUAUAGGUGCAAUAUCUAAUCCGUGGGAUUACGAACUGUCCCCAAUAACUGCGGAAUACUUUCUCUCAUUGACAUCACCAAAAAUAGUGUUCGCCAUGCCAACGUCGGUCCCGAGUUUACAAAAAGCAGCGAAGAAGUUAAAUAUGAAUUUGAAAAUAGUGGUAUUCCACAAACUGGAUGGAUAUGAGUCUGUGGACGAUAUCACGAAAGGUCACGAUACUCGCGAGAUCGCCGAAUUUAAAUGUGCCAAGAUCAGCAAUCCGGACGAUGUUGCUCUCAUCUCACUCUCGUCAGGCACUACGGGCAUGCCGAAGGGCACCGAAAUAUCACAUUCAUCCCUGUAUAAUUGCUUACUGCCCGAGAAAGUCACGGAAUUGGAAGGUCAUAUUUGUCUGUGGUCGCCCACAUUGCGCUGGCAUUAUGGUGUCCAGUUAGCAUUUCACGCUAUUUUGGCGUAUGCAACAAAAGUUCUUUCACCUUGCAGCGUCAUGUAUAACAACGAUGAUGCAGCAAUGUGUAGUUUCAUCGAAAAAUACGGAGUAACAUGGUUUUGUACUGAACCCGGCAUGCUAACGCGAUUUUAUAAAUCCGACGUAUUGGAGAAAUAUAAAUUGCCAACCUUGAAGGAAGUAAUGAAUGCCGGGUCUCAUUUUAAAAAGGAACAUAAAUUAUCUCUGGCUAAGAAAUUACCUCACGUUUUUAUUACAGAUGCCUAUGGCUCUACAGACUCGGGAGGUGACGUAACGGUUGUGAUCAGAGGCUGCAAGCCAGGAUCUAUUGGACUCGUGGCACCCAAUGUCCGAAUAAAAGUGACAGAUUUGAAAACAGGCAAAGCUUUGGGACCUAAUCAAAGGGGAGAAUUUAGUAUAAAACUGCCUUGCGUAAUGAAUGGUUAUCAUAAAAAGCCUGAAGAGACUAAACGAGCUUUCGAUUCUGAAGGUUGGUUACUCACCGGCGACGUAGGGUAUUAUGAUGAUGAUGGGAACGUUUUCAUCACCGAUAGGAUAUCCGAAUUCAUCCUUUUCUAUGGCAUCAAUAUUUCGACCACAGAAAUCGAGUACGUUUUAGGGUCUCAUCCCGCGGUAUCCCAAGUGGCGGUAAUAGGAAUACCUCACGAAACUGAAGGACAACGUCCAAUGGCCGUCAUUUCUCGACUGCCGAAUAAAACGGUAACGGAGAAAGAACUCCAUGAUUUGAUAGCGGAAAAUUUACCAGGGUACUGUGCACUUCGCGGUGGAAUUAAAUUCCUUGACCAACUUCCGCGCACACCAACCGGCAAAAUUGCGAAGAAACAACUGAAAGAAAUGUUUGCAAAUUAAAAAUAUUAUAUAUUGUAGCAGAUUAUCAAAAAUGUAAUUUUCUAAAAAAACAU